AUGACUGAUCCUUUCCAGAUCCCAUAUGAAUAUUAUCAGAAUGGGGACCUAAUCAUUGGAGAGAUGACUUCUCAGCUUGGCUAUGUAACUGAUCAGCUAUAUUUUCAUGAACUUUCUGAAAUAAAAUUUGCAGACCAACUUCUUGCAAUAUCAAAGAAAUACCAGCAUGUUCUCUCAUUUGUAUUUGCUGUGAAGGAGAUAAAUGAGAACCCAAAGAUCCUACCAAAUAUCAGCCUGGGAUUCUACAUCUAUGACAGCUACACAAAUGCAAGGAUGACAUAUCAGAACACCCUGAAACUUCUGUCCACCACAAAAAGAAUUGUCCCCAACUUCAAAUGUGACAAGAAAAAUAAGUUGAUAGCUGUUAUUGGGGGACUUGACUCUGACAUUUCGCUGUACAUGGCUACUCUCUUAGGAAUCUACAAGUUUCCACAGAUUGCCAACUGUGUAUUAGCUCCAAUGAUGAGUGCUGAAUCCCAGCUCACUUCUUUCUACCGGAUGGUUCCCAAUGAAGUAUAUCAAUACAAAGGAAUUGUCCAUUUCCUUCUGCAUUUCCAGUGGACAUGGGUGGGGAUGAUUGCAUCAGAUAAUGAGAAUGGAGACAGGUUCAUGCAGACCAUGAUGCCAAUGCUUUCCCAGCAUGGCAUCUGUACGGCCUUCUAUGAAAAAACACCAGCCAUACCUCAAACUACAGAGAAUUUAGGUUCAUUAGGAUUCUUCCGGGCCAAGUCCUUUUCAAUGACCAUCUCAAAAGUCAAAGUAUUGGUUGUAUGUGCAGAACCUCAGACCAUGACUGCUUUGAUAUGGAUGUUAUAUUUCUUUUCAUUAUUAGAAGGUACUACAGAGACGUCUAUGGGUAAAGUAUGGAUUAUGACAGCCCAUUGGGAUUUCUCAUUAGAAACAAUGCACAAGGGUUUUGAUAUGCAAGUGUUCGAUGGAACUGUGUCAUUUGCAAUUCACUCAAAAGAAGUGCUGGGUUUUACAAAAUUCCUGCAGAUCCUACAUCCUAACUCUGCCAAAGGAGAUGGAUUCAUCAAUAUCUUCUGGGAACAGAUAUUCAAUUGCUUAUUUUCUGGUUCUGCUAAGCAGAAUCAAAGGACUGAUAGCUGUACUGGAGAAGAGAAGCUGGAAAGCCUCCCUGGUGUUCUUUUUGAAAUGAGCAUGACGGGUCAAAGCUACAGUAUCUAUAAUGCAGUCCAGGCCAUAGCAUACGCUUUACAUAAAAUAUACUUAUUCAGGCUAAAAUACGGAGCGAUGGAUGACAGAGGUACACUGAAUCUUUCAGAUUUGCCUCCAUGGCAGCUUCACCCUUUCUUGAGGGGCAUCUCUUUUAACAACAGUGUUGGUGAAACAGUGUCUUUUGAUGAAAAAGGUGAUCUAGCAGCUGAAUUUGACAUUAUUAACUGGGUUACUUUUCCAAACCAAUCCUUCCUACAAGUGAAAAUAGGAAGAAUGGAUCCACAGGUUUCCCUAGGAGAAGAGUUCACUAUUCAUGAUGAGGCCAUCACGUGGCAUAGCAAAUUUAAUCAGACUCCCCUUGCACUGUGUAAUGACCGCUGCCAUCGAGGUUACAGCAGAAAAAAGAAGGAAGGGAAGCCAUUUUGUUGCUAUGAUUGUGUUCCAUGUCCAGAUGGGAUGAUUGCAAACCAAAAGGACAUGGAUGAUUGCAUCAAAUGCCUAGAAGAUCGAUUUCCAAACAAAGGCCAAAAUCAAUGCAUUCCCAAGAUCCUAAAUUUCCUCUCUUUCUCAGAACCUUUAGGGCUCACUUUAGCUUUCUUGGCUCUGUCUUUUUCUGUUAUCACAGCUUUGGUGCUUGGAGUCUUCACUAAGCAUCAGAACACUCCCAUCGUCAAAGCCAAUAAUCGGGACCUCACCUACGCUCUGCUCAUCUCCCUAUUGCUCUGCUUUCUCUGCUCCUUACUGUUCAUGGGCCAGCCUCACACAGUGACCUGCUAUUUAAGACAAACUGUUUUUGGCAUCAUCUUCUCAGUGGCUGUUUCAUGCAUAUUGGCCAAAACCAUCACUGUGGUUCUUGCUUUCAUGGCCACCAAACCAGGUUCUAGAAUGAAGAAAUGGGUAGGGAAAAGACAGACUACCUCUAUUCUUCUUGGUUGCUCUUUUAUUCAAAUCAGUAUUUGUACUGUGUGGAUCUGUACUGCUCCUCCAUUCCCAGAUUUUGAUAUGCACUCUCUUGCUAAAGAAAUUGUUGUACAAUGCAAUGAAGGGUCUGCCACUUUGUUUUGUUGUGCUCUGGGCUACCUGGGAUUCCUGGCCAUUGUUAGCUUCAUUGUGGCAUUCCUGGCCAGGAAGUUGCCAGACAGUUUCAAUGAAGCAAAGUUCAUCACUUUCAGCAUGUUAGUUUUUUGCAGUGUUUGGUUGUCUUUUGUUCCGUCUUACCUGAGCACCAAAGGAAAAUACAUGGUGGCUGUGGAAAUCUUCUCUAUCUUAGCCUCCAGUGCUGGGUUACUGGGUUGUAUCUUUUUCCCUAAAUGCUACAUAAUUAUCCAGAGGCCUGACCUGAAUAGCAAGGAGCAGUUAAUUAGGAGAUACUAUUAA